AUGCACGAGCUCAUACAACAGCCUCGGAGGAGCACAGAAUCGGAAGUUGGAAAUCCAUUGGCCCCAAGAGCCCCAACUUUUGGGGCCGCACAGGCUCCAAAUUUUGGGGCCUGCGUGUCAGCGAGCCCAAUUUUGGCCAAACACUGCCGACUUCCAUUCCAUACUGUAACCCGCCCACGACUCCCAUUCCGCCUACGACUCCCAUUCCGCCCACGAUCAUUUACAAAGACUGGGCUGAAGCCGCGGCACGGCAUGGCUGCGUCGACAAUCUGCAGAUACCUCGAUGACUGGAGUAGAUCGACACCGGCGCUUCGCUCAUUUGGCAAGAGGGAUGCGGAUGCAAGGAAAAGCAAGAGCACAUCAAUGCAGCAGAAGGACAUUCCGGACCUGAAGCGCAUCAAACAGCCAAGCAAGGACUUAUCAAGUACUCGCCUUGUUGGCGGACGAGGAUGGCUGCAGCGAGAUGUACAUGGCUUGAGAGUCCGCGACCUCACAGCAACUCCUUUACCGCGACGACAGCAAUGUACAUCCUUCACGGUCAGAUGUACGAAGCACCCUGUCACCUGCCAACCACGUGACGAGAUGUGGUUCACCCUGUCGCCUACUGUCAACAAGAACGCUUCCCACAAUUCGCCUGACCAAAAACAUAUCUACAUCUCCGACUGUUCCGCCCGUCCAACCAUUCACAUUCACGAGUUGGAAGCAUCCUUAAGCUCUGACAGCUCGAAUUCGUUCUGGCUGAGGAGUCUGGUCGACAGGGAUCUUUCGACUGAGGCGAACCAUCUCAGACUCAAGUCUACUCAAGUCCGUACAUUCGAGACCAGGUCACGCAAGGCUACUACAUGCCAGACCUUACGAGAUACAUGCGAAUGUCGACUGGCUCGGAGAUUUCCCGGACGGAUGAUUGUCCACGUCGCGGCAAGGAUGUCUGCUGAACUGGGGGUACGGAAAGAAUCGCGUCACCGAGAUCAAGUAGCUGGACAAGUGGAUCACGCAAAAAUAAUUCGCGAACUACUUUACCUCAUCUCUCCAGCCAUUGGAACAAUCCAUGCUGACGAAGGCAGGAGCACCAUUCCCCGUCGCAGCAAGCUCCGAAAAGCCCGGUCUCGCGACUCAGUGCUCCCUGCGACGUUGAGCCGUGUAUGGGCUUCCAUCAAAAUACAAAAGGAGAAGCCGCGCUGCCGGCAACGACGAGUCUUGGCCGGUCUCCAGCUUAGGGAGCAGCGCGUGAAGAUGGAUGGCACCCCGAGCAGCACCAGUAGCUCGGGCGCUGCUAUAACAGCUGCCCAUGUUUACAAGCUCACAUCGACCUCGUCAAGCUCUCAUGUUGGCCCGGUUGCCGUAAUGGCGAUGGCUCAGGAUAAAGCUGAGAAGGCUGAUGCCGAGAAACAGGCCGCAAGUAUCUCCGGAAUUAUGCCAUUCGAUGCUCACGAUCCGUGCUUUACACUAGCGGAAGCUGCCUCAGCUUCCAUCUCCAGUGGCAUUCCCAACCCUUCGCCUGCGAUUAUAAUCUGCACAUGUCUAUUCUACUAUGUUGUCUGCUGGUGCCUGGCGACUUCCUCAGCACAUCAGCGGCGCAAUCAGCAGCAGAAACGCUUAGGCCAGGCCUCACUUGUGCGUCUCGCCGAAUCGUCGAAAUACGGAUCCAUCCCAACACAAUGCGGAAGCGCACAUGCGCAGUUGACGAUCUCGACGAAGGAUCAUGACACAAAAGGCAUUCCAAAGGGUAGUAGCCGAAGCCAGACACGCAAUGGCCUCCGAUCCACCCCACGCGGACGUGCACGGAAAGCAGAAAUACAAAUGUGCUGCGACUCGCCACUCGGCUUAAACCACGUUCUAUUCUGCCAGCCAUCAUUCAGCAAGAUGAAAUGCCAUCGAGCGAGAAGUCGGUACCAGGCAGGCUUGCGGCUACUACAUGCCUCAUAUCUGCGUCCACACGAUCUCUUCGAAGUGGACAUGACGGGCAGCGUCUCUUAUCUCUUUGAGCCAAUACUGUGUCACAUCGUAGCAUCGCCACUUCAUACCACCAUGGCGAAUCUAAGCCAUAAUGUUCAGGCAGCAGCAACAGCAAUUUCUGCUACGCUCGGUCUUAUCGCGACUGUACGACUUCGGCUUGCACUCAACAAAUCCAACCAAAGCGGACGACUGACCAUGGCACAUGAAAUCCCAAUACAGAAGCCGGACAACACGAAACCAGCAUGCCCAGUUCCGGAUGUGGAACGAAAUUGCUGCAAACCUCCGUACGUCGACGUCAGCGACCACUAG